AUGCACACUGAGGUACCUCGCCGCCUAGACCAGGACCCGGAUCCCGCGCUGACAAUGGCUGAUGGCGACUUCGAAAUGGAGAGCGCCUCCCCGGUUGGCGAUGACGCUCCUGAGCUGGAGGAUUCCCAAUUACAAAACGACAUACAGGCCCAACUGGCCGCGGAAACGCAGGAUGGCGCGGUUUCACAGACUUCAAACUCCACACCUGGUGAAGGCCCGCCGCCAGCGACCGUAGUUAUCGUCGAAGACACGGAUACUCAAAGCGCGGACCCAUACAAGAUCCCCUCGAACAUCGCGCGGAUACGCCAGGAGCUAUUCGAAUUGCGCCAGCCGAUUGAACUGAGCUUGGAGGAAUAUAACUCAUACUGGCCGUUUAUCGAUAACGUGUGGGUCAAGCAGAGAUCAAGCACAACUCGGGAUAAGACUGUUUCGGAUUACUAUUGCUGCCGACAGCGACGGCAGCCAUGGCGGCGCAAUGAUGACAAGAUCCCCGUACAGGCUGAAGGGAAACGAAGGCAUAGAGCUUCGCGAGGAGGUCCUACCUGUGGCUUUCAGAUUAAAGUUGUUAAAAGUGCUGGAGCGUUCCCCUCUGUUAUGAUAUAUCGUCAGAAUAACUGCACUGCAACACAUGCACAUGACCUGGACCACAUGGAUAAAGUCAAAAGGAAUUCUGGGCUAUUAUCCUUCAUAAAGCAAGAGGCAGAAAAGGCAUACAUUCCUGCUUCGAUAUUAGCGAAAUUCCGCGAAAGUCCGGACGUCCUGGCUGCCGUAGGUGGUACAUUUCUGACUGGGGUCGAUGUCCGCAAUAUUUGCGCUAAAUGGAGAACAGCAAACCCUCACGCAGAGCUUAAAACACAUCAGGGCUAUGUUUUCCAAAAUGGCAUUGGAGUUUAUCAAGUUGGAACUCGCGCAUCAGCCCAAGGAGGACCCCAAGCCACCUCUCAGCCUAAGCUUACGCUAACGUCUCACGCACCAGAUGCUCUUAUGUUUCCCACAUUUUCUCUAAAUUUCUUGGAACCCUAUCUCCCAGGCCGAGAGGAAUACCGUAAAUUUCCUCAUGUCACGCUUACUUAUGCGCAGUCCAUGGAUGGCAAAAUUUCUUUAGCACCAGGUAUCCAGACAGCACUAUCCGGACCAGAAUCGAAAAUACUAACCCACUACCUUCGAUCACGGCAUGAUGCGAUCCUGAUCGGGGUCGGAACUGCCGUUGCGGAUAACCCGGGGCUAAAUUGCCGCUUGGAGGGCGCUGGUGGAUACGGAGGCCUGGGCAAGAUGUGGCAGCCUAGGCCAGUGAUUGUAGAUCCGAAAGGUCGAUGGCCAAUUGACCCGGAGUGCAGAAUGUUGAAAAGUGUUGCCGCUGGGAAAGCAAAGGCUCCAUGGGUUGUUGUUUCCCCUGGAGCUAAUAUACCUGCAGAGCAGAUUCUAUUGUUAAAGAAGCAUGGCGGCGACUUUCUACGGAUUGCAGAAUUUAAUCCAGCAUGGCGUUUACGAUGGUCCACGAUAUUCGGAGCUUUAGCGGCCGAAGGUAUUAGCAGUGUUAUGAUUGAAGGCGGUGGAGUGGUAUUGAGUGAGCUGCUCAACCCAGAAUACGAGGAUUUUAUUGACUCGAUUGUUGUAACCAUUGCACCGUCGUUCUUGGGCCGAGGAGGCGUCAGUGUCACACCGGAUUCCAAAAAGGACGAAUAUGGGAAGCCGAAAGUUUCACUUGCGCCGAGAAACGUUACGUGGAACGCACUGGGGCAAGACAUGAUUAUGUGUAGCAAGGUUCGAGUUCCUCCAACCACUUUGCCUCCCUCAAUCCUACCUGGAAUAGAAGCAGUAGCUCUUGGAUACCCUGAGUGA